AUGAUAUUGAAAAAACUUUUAAAUUUUAAUAUAUUUCUUGUAACAGUUUUAUCCUUAGCAAAUACAAAUUAUGAUAAGAAAAAUACGUGUAUGAUAAAAAAUAUUUUUCGAAACAAUUCAUCCAGUAUAGUUGGUCGCUUGCUAAAUGUAAAUUCAAAUAAAAAAAAGUUAAGCACGCAUAUAAAUUUCCCGUCCCUGAUUUAUGAACAAAUUAAAUUUUCCAAAUUUUUGAAUCUUGAUAAUAUCUUUGAGAAGGAUAUUAUUAAGAGUAUUAAGCACAAAAUAAAGAGACCCCCAUCAUAUAUCAUACAGAAAAGACUAAUGAGUGAAAAGGGAGAUAAUAAUAACAAUAGUAACAAUAGCAGUGUAAAUAAUGAGAAAAAAAGGCAGGGUGUUAUAACAAGUAAUAAUGAUGGAGCUGAUGACAAGAGGUUAAAGUCCACAAAUGAAAGUGAUUUAGGAGUAACCGGAACAAAUGAUAUGAAUAACGGCGGUAUAAGCAACAACAAUAAUGGCGCUAACAAUAGCGGUAAUGGAAAUGCUGGUGGUAAGAAGGACCCAAAAAUUCAUUACCGAACAGACUACAGAGCAUCUGGAUUUGCUAUUAAUAAUGUAACACUGAAUAUAAAUAUAUAUGACAAUGAAACAACAGUGAGAUCUAUGCUUGAUAUGAUGACUAGUGAACAUUAUUCAGGAGAAGAUUUAGUUUUCGAUGGUGUAGGAUUGAAAAUCAAUGAAAUAUCACUUGAUAACAAAAAAUUAGUUGAAGGAGAACAAUAUACGUAUGAUAAUGAAUUUUUAACUAUAUUUUCCAAGUAUGUUCCAAAGGGAAAAUUUGUAUUCGGUUCGGAAGUUAUAAUACAUCCAGAGACGAAUUAUGCAUUAACUGGUUUAUACAAAUCGAAGAAUAUAAUAGUUUCUCAAUGUGAAGCUACAGGAUUUCGUCGUAUAACAUUUUUUAUUGAUAGACCAGAUAUGAUGGCAAAGUAUGAUGUAACACUAACAGCUGAGAAGGCAAAAUACCCCAUACUUUUAAGUAAUGGAGAUAAAUUAAAUGAAUUUGAAAUACCAGGAGGUAGACAUGGUGCAAGAUUUAAUGAUCCUCAUUUGAAACCAUGCUAUUUAUUUGCUGUAGUUGCAGGAGACCUUAAACAUUUAAGUGAUAAGUAUGUUACCAAGUUUUCAAAAAGAAAUGUAGAAUUAUAUGUUUUUGCUGAAGAAAAAUAUGUAUCAAAAUUAAAAUGGGCUUUAGAAUGUCUAAAAAAAGCUAUGAAAUUUGAUGAAGAUUAUUUUGGUUUAGAAUAUGAUUUAUCUAGAUUGAAUUUAGUGGCUGUAUCCGAUUUCAAUGUUGGUGCAAUGGAAAAUAAAGGAUUAAAUAUAUUUAAUGCAAAUUCAUUGUUAGCUUCUAAAAAAACAUCCAUCGAUUUUUCAUAUGAACGAAUAUUAACAGUUGUAGGUCAUGAGUAUUUUCACAAUUAUACAGGUAAUAGAGUUACACUAAGAGAUUGGUUUCAAUUAACAUUAAAAGAAGGAUUAACAGUACAUAGAGAAAAUUUAUUCUCUGAACAAACUACCAAAACUGCUACAUUCAGAUUAGACCAUGUUGAUUUGAUUAGAAGUGUUCAAUUUUUAGAAGAUUCCUCUCCUUUGUCUCAUCCAAUAAGACCAGAAUCUUAUGUUAGUAUGGAAAAUUUUUAUACUACAACAGUAUAUGAUAAAGGUAGUGAAGUUAUGAGAAUGUACCAAACAAUUUUAGGUGAUGAGUAUUAUAAAAAAGGUAUGGAAAUUUAUAUUAAAAAAAAUGAUGGAGGUACAGCAACAUGUGAAGAUUUUAAUAGUGCAAUGAAUGAAGCAUAUAAAUUAAAAAAAGGGGAUAGUUCAUAUAAUUUAGACCAAUAUUUAUUAUGGUAUUCUCAAAGUGGAACACCACAUGUUACUGCAGAAUAUAUAUAUGAUGAACACAAGAAAACUUUUACCAUUAAUGUAAGUCAGUACACAAAUCCUGAUGAAAAUCAAAAAGAAAAGAAGGCAUUAUUCAUUCCAAUGAAAGUUGGUUUUAUUAACCCACGUACAGGAAAAGAAGAAAUUCCUGAAAUUACAUAUGAAUUUAAAAAGGAUAAAGAAACUUUUGUUAUUUAUAAUGUCAAUGAAAAACCUAUUCCAUCACUUUUCAGAGGAUUUAGUGCACCUGUUUAUAUUAAAGACAAUUUAACGGACGAAGAACGUAUAUUAUUAUUAAAAUAUGACACAGAUUCCUUUGUUAGAUAUAAUGUAUGUGUUGAUUUGUAUAUGAAACAAAUUGAAAAGAAUUAUAAUGAAUUGUUACAGGCCAAAAGUUCACAGGGAAAUACCGACAUAUGUGCAAGUAAUGCAGUGAAUAAUGAUGUGAAUGCUGGAGGAGAUGCUACCUUACAUGGUGUGGAAAAAUCAAAUCUAACCCCUGUUAGUGAAGACUUUAUUAAUGCUAUGAAAUAUUUCUUGGAAGAUGAACAUGCAGAUCCUGGCUUCAAGUCCUAUAUAAUAACUCUUCCUCGUGAUAGAUAUAUUAUAAAUCAUAUAAAAAAUGUUGACACAGAUGUGCUAGCUGAUACGAGAGACUUUAUUUAUAAACAAAUUGGUGAUAAAUUAAAUGAUCUUUAUUUUAAAAUAUUCAAGAAGAUUGAAUCAAAAGCAGAUGAUAUGACACAUUUUAAUGAUGAAUCUUAUGUAGACUUUGAACAAAUCAAUAUGAGAAAAUUAAGAAAUACUUUGUUAACUCUAUUAAGUAAAGCCAAAUAUCCAAAUAUGUUAGAUCAUAUUAUGCAACAUUCCAACUCCCCAUAUCCAUCUAACUGGCUUACUAGUUUUGCAGUCUCAGCAUAUUAUGAUAAAUAUUUUGAACUGUAUGAUAAGACCUAUCAACUUUCCAAAGACGACGAAUUACUUUUACAAGAAUGGUUAAAAACAGCAUCGAGAUCUGAUAGAAGUGAUAUAUAUGAUAUUAUAAAAAAGCUAGAAACUGAAGUUUUAAAAGAUAGUAAAAACCCAAAUGUUAUUAGAGCAGUAUAUCUUCCAUUUACGUUCAACUUAAGGUACUUUAAUGAUAUAUCGGGAAAGGGAUACAAAUUAUUAGCAGAUGUUAUUAUGAAAGUUGAUAAGUUCAAUCCUAUGGUAGCAACACAGUUAUGUGAUCCAUUUAAAUUAUGGAAUAAGUUAGACUUAAAAAGACAAGAUUUAAUGCUUAGCGAAAUGAACAGAGUACUAGAAAUGGAAAACAUUUCAAAUAACUUAAAGGAAUACUUACUAAGAUUAACAAACAAAUUGUAG